AUGACAGGUGAAUCAUACAGGUAUAUUGCCGAAAUCGAAGAUGAGAAUAAAACGGAAACAAUUGAAUUGGCCACAGUAUCCUACGCGGAUGCAUUUGACAUUGCUCGAAAUGAUCUAAACGGAUUGAAUCUGAUUCGACUGGAACUGGCAUUAAGUUAUUCUAUGUUUUACCAUGAUAUCAUGAAUGAUAUUGACCGUGCUAUUGCAAUUGCAAGCUCUGAGUUUUAUUGUGCAAUUGCGGAGUUAGACGGUACCGAAUAUGAUACAAAUGAUGCAAUUUUUCAGCUCAUGAGAGUACUUAAAGACAAAAUAGAUUUAUGGACUGAAGAAAAUAACGCCGAUAGUCGAUAA